AUGCGCCAGGUGGCCGAGCUUAUCCAACGACGACUGGGCUUGACGGGCGAUGAUGGUGCAAUCCAGUUUGUCCUCACCGUCCCGGCUGUGUGGUCUGACAAGGCCAAGGAUGCGACUCUGAGGGCUGCGAUCAAGGCUGGGGCUCCGGCGCAGGGUAUCUCGCUUGUUUCGGAGCCCGAGGCUGCGGCUUUGUACACGCUGCGUGCUAUUCAGCCGUGUUUGAUUGCGAGAAAUGAUGUCUUUAUUGUUUGCGAUGCUGGCGGUGGGACGGUGGACCUCAUUUCCUACAUGGUCAAGGAAUUGGAUCCUUUGCGUGUGAUGGAAGCAACCAAGGGAACAGGCCGCAUCUGUGGCUCAAUGCUCUUGGACACUCGAUUCGAGGAGCUUCUCCGAGACAAGAUGGGUGCUGAAAACUACGACGCGCUGCCGACCAAGUCCAAAGAAGCCGCCCUGCUACACUGGCGAGACCGCGUAAAACCUCUGUUUGCUGGGAAAUUCGACGAGGACGACUUUAGCGACGUCCCGACCUACAUCCCCAUUCCCGGCGCAAAGGACGACCCCGAAGUGCCGAUCGAGGAUGGCUUCUUUGAGCUUACGAUUGAUGAGAUUGCGGCCAUUUUCGAUCCCAUUGUGCGGGACGUUGGCGAGCUUGUCGACGAGCAGAUGGAAGCGUUGGCUAAAGUUGGAUUCGUUUCCCCGACUAUACUUCUUGUGGGAGGGUUCGGGGCUUCGGAAUACUUGUUUCGCCGUCUCCAAGAAGCACGCCCUUGCAUCAAGGUCCUCCAGCUGCCGAAUAGCUGGUCAGCUGUGCUCAGCGGCGCCGUACUCCACGGACUCGAGAGCCACAGCGUGGAAAGUCGGAUCGCUCGGCGGAAUUAUGGCGUCACAUUUAGGCCUCAAUGGGACCUGGAGAGGCAUGCAGAGGAGGAUAAACAGUGGAGCGCCCUGGAAGAAAAGCACUUUUCUCGACAUCUUGAGUGCCAGUGGUAUAUCCGAAAGGUCCUGUCUCAUCAUGGCAUCUUGCCGCUGAAUCGACCUGCUAACAGGGAACAGCAUUCAAAGAUAGCCGAGAGCGAACCCAUACGCAUGGACUUCUAUCGGGCGGUACGAGUCAGCAAGCGCCCUGAUUUGACGUUUAGGCAAUUUCUGUAUUUCUGCAACGAUGACGAGGCGCCGAGCAUGGACAACGAGAGAGUUAUCAAGUCAUGCCAGCUAGAGGCGGACCUUCACGACAUCCCUCGAGAACUGUUUCAGAAGAAGACGAAUUCCAAGGGCGAUGAGUAUUGGGAAAUUCCCUUUACGCUAACCAUGACGCCCUGCUCGGCGUGUCUGCUCUUCGAGUUAGAGUUCAACGGGGUGUCGUAUGGGAGCGUGACAACAAAGUACUAGGAGGGGUCGGAGUGGUUCCAUUGAGCUUGUACGUCAGUUUGUAAGAAGCCGAGGAUCAGGACGCGUAAACACAGGUCACCAGAAUGCGGUUUACUGGGUUGGAGCUUAUCGUCGCUACUGGAGGAUCAGGUGCUGUUCUUUAAUCAGAAAGUUUAAUCUUCCAUCCAGCUGAUCUCAUGAUCUGCCUACCCCAGAGGGAAUAAAUGUAUGCG